GCUGCGGCACGAGCCGUUGUUGGCGUCUUCGCGCUGGCGCUCGCGGUUGAGACGGCUGUAGAGUUCCAGCCUGUGGACAACGGUUCGGUACUGCUUUCCAUCAACAGCUUGCUACACUGGCUGCUCAUUCUCACCGAGAUUCGUGCAUUUCGGGCUACAGGACGAAGGAUAUUACCCAUCAUGAAGUCGGUGACGCCCAUCGCCGGGAUGUUGCUGAUCAUGUGUUCCAUCACACUGGCCUUCUUGCACGCCUUCUGGGCGAUGGACCGAGCAGACAUCAACGAAAUCUCCAUGUUCAACAUCGUGGUGUUGCUUUUCACUGGAGAGCAGUUUCUCAGCGGGGACGACCUUAAGCUGAUGCCAGAGCGGGAGAAGAUUUCGAUCAUCCUGCUGUCCAUAGGCGGAGUGUUCAUCUUCCUCACGUGUACCAUCAACGUGUUCAUCGCCGUUCUGUGUGAGUGCUACGACCAGGAGCAGGAGCGAAUGGUCUGCACUUUCUUGAAAGAGCGCGCGAGAAUAUGUAGUGGUUACUUCCUGCGGCCGAAGAUGCAGUCCACUGGCUUCAGCGUCCUGAAGCAGGCUAAGCUGUGGCUAUUGGUGCCUAGGGCUUGGCCUACAUUAAUUGUGAUUGCCCAUGUCGGGGGAAAUACGCAAGCUGACCUGGUGGCGCUGGAUCUUGCUGAUGGCAUCUCGACCUGA